UUUUGUUUUUAACAUCAUCAUCACCAUCAUCAUCGUUUCAAAUACAAACAGGUCAAGGUUUAUCCAAUAUCAUUAAUAUCAUCAUUAUUAUUAACGGAAACAUCCUAUGGUUGAAUAUUUCUGUUUCCAUCAAUCAUACACGCAAAUGUAUGACACAUACACAGACAGACUGACUGAUUUACAAUUUCCAGACAUUUUGUAUACGGAUUCAAAUUCAAAUACCACCCCUUAGAACACAUUUUUCUUAAACUAUCAUGUUGUUCCAUCAUCGUGUUUCAGACAACAGUUCCAUUAUAAUCAUUAUCAUGACUAACAAAUUGUGCGAAUCAAAUCCGGUAAAAAAAAUUGUCUCAUCAUUUCUUCAACCAACUAGGUGGUCUCGCGAUCUCGUUGUUUUAUCUGACAUUGUCGAUAAUAAUAUCAUCAUCAUCAUUAUGGAAAAUGAUUGUAGUAUCAUGAUUCGACAAAUUGAUAUUGUUUCGAUAUUAAAUUUCAUGGCCAUUAUAUAUCAUCAAUCAACAAAUCGAUACAUUGUAUCCAACCAAGUAUUUGUAAAACAUUGAUCAACUCAUUUUUCAUCGUUAUGAUGAAUCUAUCACCAAUCUUUAAAAUUCUAUCAGCAGCAGCAUCAACCUUUACAUAAAUAAGAAUGUCAUCCAUAACGAUUCAUCAUCAAAUGGAAAGAAGGCGGCUUCAACGAAAACCAAAAACAUCGUCAUCAUCAUCAUCAUCAUCCAUAUCGUCGCAUUUGUUGUUUGUAUCAUCAAAUUAUCAAUCGACCAUUUUGAUGACCAUCAUUAUACAGCUAUUGAUUAUUUGUCUGAAAAUUGCCAACAAUUAUGUUGAUGCUUUCGAUUAUUGGCGUAAACUUGGUCCAUUAUCAGCCGAUCUAAAACUUGGUACCACAUGUCGUAAUUCUUUGGAAUGUUUACUAUUUGUACCACAUAGCCAAUGUGAUUGUCAAACAAAUGUUUGUUCAUGUCAACCAUAUCAUAUUUUAUUUAAUCAAACUAUGUGUCUACCUGCAUCAUUACUUGGAUAUGCAUGCAGUGUAGAUGAACAAUGUACAGCUCGUGUUUCGAAUGCACAAUGUAACAAUGGAUUAUGUCAAUGUGAAUCAAAUUAUCUUCCACUUCGUCGUGAUAAAUGUUUACCACCUGCUAUGGCCGGCGAUUUCUGUCUGAAUGAACAACAAUGUCUUAUGGGUAAUAAACAUUCCAAAUGUAAAUACAUUAUUCCACGAAUAUAUGGUAAAUGUCGCUGUUUGGAAGGUUUCCAUCAAACUAAAGAUAAUCAUUGUUUGCCAAAUCUACAAAGUUCAUGUAAUGAUUCAUUUGAAUGUCAACAAGUGACACCAAAUUCUUAUUGUGCCAAAUCAUUGUUUGGUUCGAAUAAAUGCCAAUGUAAACCCGGAUUCCAGGAAUCUAAAGAUCAACAAACAUGUCGACCAUUGCCAACGACAACGACAACUACUACUACGACGACGACGACGACGACGACUGAACCACCAAGACAGAUUAUAACGAAUGAUGAUCUAUUACCCAACAUUAUCGAUGAUGAUGAUGAAGAAGAAAUUUCAUUUGAAGAUGAACCACAAAUCCGUAAUGCAAAUGCCGUUUCAUUGGGCAAACCAUGUAAUCAUUCAUUCGAAUGUCAACUUCGUGAUCCAUAUUCUCGAUGUAUCGAUGGUAUUUGUGAAUGCACUAAACGUUCCGAUAAUUGUAGUGCACAGAAUACAGGAUGUCAUGCCGAUACAUUUCAAUGUCGUAAUGGACAAUGUGUUUCUUGGUAUUUUGUUUGUGAUAACAAUAAUAAUUGCGAUGAUGGUUCUGAUGAAAUUGAAUGUGAACCAUAUAAUUGUCCAAAAGAAGCAUUUCAAUGUAAAUCUGAUGGUGUUUGUGUGGCAAGACAAACAAUUUGUAAUGGCAAAUGGGACUGUACAGAUGGAUCAGAUGAAGCUCUCUGUCAUAAAGGAAAUUCUUGUGAUAGUCAAGCUUGGCAAUGUAAAUCUGGACAAUGUUUACCUCAAUAUGCAUUCUGUAAUGCUGUUCCUGACUGUCUUGAUGGUAGCGAUGAAGAUGAAGAAAUCUGUGAAAGCUCUAUGACAUGUCCAAAUGGAACAUUUACAUGUUCAAAUCGAAUGUGUCGAUCAACGGCUAUUCUAUGUAGCGGUGUAGAUGGAUGUGGAGAUAAUAGUGAUGAAGAACAAUGUGAAGUUUGCUAUUGCCAGAAACCAUGAUACUCAUUAUAUGAUAUUGAUAAUGGACAAUUUGGAUCUUGUAAGAGGUCAUCAACGCCAUAUAUACACAUCAUUAUCAUUGGAUACCAAAUUUUCAUCUUUUUUUCUCACAAAAUUCCAAACUCAUUUUUUUUAAUUUAUU